AUGCCAAAGAGAAAAGUGAGUGAAGGCUUCCUACAGAAGAAAGGAGGCAAGGACCGCGACCAGACGCGGUACGGGAUGGUCCGAGAUCCGCGAGAAGAUUUCUACGACGGCCAGAAAAAGCUCGAUAACUCGCGGAGACGCGCCUUGACAAACUUGGACCCGCGAGGCCUGGCAAAAGCUGAAAAGAAGGAAAUCACUGACAAGUUCCCAGAAUACCGCGAGAAGCCGGUACUCGAUGACGGCAAGCUCCAAAACUUUCCACCGCCAAAUGUCGCCCUUACCGAUGAGUGGGUGGAGAUCGUAUGUGGACAAGUCCCAAACAGGGAAAGAGGGCAGAAAUGGGCCCUCGGUUUCAAUACCCAAGGCGAUAUCUCAGCUGACCGAAACCAAUCGACCCAGCUCCGCUGA